AGGAGAACCUCGGACAUGUCGGACAGAGUUUCAGAGAUCCUGAGAGACGAACGUCUGUCGUUGAAUUACAUCCCAUCGGGGCGACAGCUCCCCAGGACUCCUCCUUUGACAAGUGUAAAGAAGCAACUUGAUUUUUGUAAUGAAGACUCAAGUGAGGGUCAUGAGGAGCUACAGCAGAGUGCGGAGAGUGAUAGUAGAGAUCAAGAUGACGAUAACCAAAAUAAAACGUUUGAUUUCAACACUUUGGGGAUAAAAAUAGAACCUGAAGACCCAAACUCCAUGCUGAAAGGGAUGAAGGGCUAUCAGCUGACAUCGACCGACUUGGAGUUCAUUGAAAAGAUGAGAGUAGAGAAACUUUUAAAAAAACUGAAGGGAGAUCAUACGGAGGCGCAGAGGUUGUUAAAGAAGGAAAUGAUGCUGUUAGAGCUGGCUUUGGCUUCAAGGGAGAAAGCCCAGGCUGAACUCCAAAAGCUCCCGUCCUGUGAAGUCCUCACCGAGUUGGUGAAGGUGGUCCUCAAAAUGACAUCGCCCUCGACAGAGUUAACAAACCUCGACGCCAAGUCUCUCCUGGCUAUGGUGAGGAAAAAAGAUGUCCAAAGAGCCAAGAAAGGGAAGAUGAUUGAGCUCACUCGGCUGAAGAACAUGGUGGCAAACAAGAGGAAGAAAGACGCUCAUGACAAAGGGCAGCUUGAAAAACAAUUUGCCCAUGACCGG